CAAUAAUAUUAAACAGAAUUAUAAAACUAAUAAUUAUAAUAAUUUAUAAUACUGGUAAAAACAUAAACCGUCUUCACUCUUCAUUCUUUUCAGUCGACGCAAACGCGGCGGACGAUUAUGAUUAUUUAUGUCCGAAAUUGAUUGCAAAAAGUCAUCCAGUUGUCAAAUUUUAAUUAAAUAAUUUUUACGGCUACUCACGAAUCGCGAUCAUCUCAUUGAACUUAACACAUAUUCAUUUCCAAGUAUUAGUUCGCUGUAAACGAGAUUUACCAACGAUAUUAUGAGUGACGAUCCAAAAAACAUGGCACUCACUACAAAUUUAGAAGCUUUAAGCUUGGCAAAUCAUGAUUUUUCAUUUUCUUUGUACAAGGAAUUGGCCAAAACUGAAAAAGGAAAUAUUUUCUAUUCUCCAUUCAGUAUUCAUGUGAUUAUGUUUAUGGCUAGCGUUGGAGCAGCUUCAAAAACAUUUGACGAAAUGAUAGCCACUAUUCAUUUAAAUAAAACUACCCAUUCCCUGGAAUCUUAUAGGAAUUUAUUGGAAGAUUUAAUAAGUGAGAAUGAUAAUCUGAAACUGGCGACUGGAAUGUUUGUGGAUACAGCUUUCAAUGUUAAAGAUAGUUUUGUGGAAAACUCUAUGAAAUAUUUGAAAUCUUCUAUGGAAAAAUUGAACUUUGUGAAUGAGCCAGAACAACAACGUCAGUAUUUAAAUAAUUGGGUCUUAAACAAAACCAAUAACAAAAUCAAUGACUUAUUUCCCAAAGGCUCCAUUAAUAGAGACACUGUCUUAGUAUUGGCUAAUGCUGUGCAUUUUAAAAGUGGUUGGGAACAUAAAUUUAAUGAUGCAGAAGAUGAUUAUUUUUAUGUGACACCAAGUAACAAAGUAACAGUAAAAAUGAUGACUUUAAGACAUGAUUUGCAAUACUAUCAUGAUAGUGACCUAAAAUUUGCUGCACUUGAAUUACCCUAUGAACACCAUGCUUUCAAAAUGCUAAUUUUAUUGCCUGAUGCUAAAGAUGGUUUGAAAGAGCUGGAGAAUAAUUUUUCAAAAAUUAACUUACAUGAUAUUUCAAAGAAAAUGACCAAGUAUCAUGUAACAGUCAAAUUACCUCGUUUCAAAUUGGAACAAACAAUUAAAUUAGAAAAUAUAUUGUCAAAUCUUGGAUGUCCAACAAUGUUUACACCAGCAGCCAACUUUUCUAACAUUGUUGAAAAUAAAAAUUUGUACGUGAGUAAGGUUAUGCAUAAGGCAUAUGUUGAUGUCGAUGAAAAAGGAACUGAGGCUGCAGCAGCUACAGGUUUGGUGUUUAUGUUAACGAGCUUACCUUAUCCAGCUCCGCCGCCUCCCGUCGUUAAUUUUGUUGCUGAUCAUCCUUUCAUGUUUUCUAUAAUUUCUCGCAACAACGACAUAUUGUUUGUAGGCCGUCUGUCAAAAUUUUAAGCGAUGCACCAACUCACAGUGGUCCAGUGAAACAUAAUUGUAUCAUCAGACGUUUAUACUACUCACAACUUACAUACCAUAGUAUAAUUAUAAAAUAAACAUUCUCAACAAUAUUUUACGAUGAUUAAAUAUUUGAUUAAAAAUAAACCGGUGUGCGGGUAAAAGAGAA